AUGAAAUGCGAUAAGAUUUUGCAAGAACGAGAAGCAAAAGUAGUUAUCAUACAGAAAUUUGUUCGUGGGUGGCUUGCACGAAAGCUUUGUCAGAAGUUGUUAUAUGAAGCGAAUACAAGGAAACGAGAAAAUGCGUCAAUUGUUAUCCAGAGGUGCAUUCUGCAUGAAAUGCCUUCACAUAGGUUCAACAAUGCUGCAGUGGUGCUACAGAAUUCCACUUAUGUCACGGAAUACUCGGAUAACGAAAUUGAGAGCAAAGUAUAUGAAUGCGAAAUUAUCAGUAGUGCAGAAUACUUGCGGAUAUUACGCGAAUUAAAAAGACAACAUAAUCUUUUGCGGAUUAGACGUCAGAAGUUUUUACAAGCUGUCGAGAAUAAAAUCAAAUAUGCAAUCUUCCUUAAAGCGGAGAGAGAUCGACGCGUAAAAGCUGCCACAAUAGUACAGACAUGGUGGCGUGGCUAUCUUUCUCGCAAGCGUUAUAUGGCAAUUCGCAAUAAAAUUGCUGCGAAUCGUGUUGUUCGUCAACAAGCAGUGUCGAAUGAGGAACGUUCUGAGCUAAUGCAACCGAUUAUGAAUCGUGUAAUAAAUGCAAUGAAGAAUUUGAACUCAAAGCAUCUUUACAUUCGUUACAAAGCUACUGAAGUAUUGCAAAAAUUUGUUGGUUUGUCAGAACUGUGCGCUCAGUAUGUGUUCAAUAAUGGCGGUCUAGAAUGUAUUUUGGAUUCCUUGGACGGCUGCAAUCGCGGUGUUGGAUCAACUGAAGUGGUGGUUCCUCUUUGUUCCAUCUUAUGGAAUGUAUUGAAGUUUAAAAUUAUUCGAGGAAAACUCGACGAGCAACGCCGACAAGAUAUUGUGAGACAGUGUUGUCAUUUCAUUUUAGCAUUCUACAGAGUUCCAGACGUGGUGACCGAUUUAACUGCAAUUAUAGUAGCAUUAAACGGGAACAAUAAACAGCUUAAAAAAGAAGCACCUUAUUUCAUUGCGGAGCUGACAAAGAAAUUUGCUAAAUUAUCAGGAUGUGACGAGAGAGUUAUUGCACUCCGAAAGCUCCAAAGUUGUUUGCUAAAUUAG